CUCUCAUUCAUGGUUCGUUCGUUCAUUCGUUCCUCUCUCUCUUGGGCUGUGCGGCCAGGUGGCCCACGGCGAUGGCGGGGGGCGCAGCAGCGGGGCCGGCCGGUCCGGGGUUGGCCGACUCACCGCCCGCCGCACCCUUGCUGUUCCGCCGCACAGCCAGGCUGCUGUCCAACACGCGCAGCUGAGCCAUGAAACCUGCAGACAUGCGCACCCGAGAUGGGCGAGUGGGAAUCGGAUGGAUGGGUGGGCGUUGACCUGUGUUUGGCGAGGCGAAUGGUCGCUGUGUCUGCACCAAGUUGAGCGCCUUGUCCAUCGGCAGAUGGAACUCAUCCUGACACCCACACAUCUGUCUGUGUGUGUGCUCUUUCCGGCUGGCUUACCAUGAGGAACGCAGUACAAAUGGUGGGUGCCCGGCUGAUGCCCGCACCGCAGUGAACCAACACCUGACCGACACAUCCAUCAAACACAGAUACAUACGUACACACGACGUUCUGCAGCCUCUAUGCCGUCCAGCCCCCCUCUCCCUCUCUCUAACCUUGCCCCCUCUGUGUAUGGCGUCCCUGAUGAACUCUAUCGCUUUGGGGAAGAACCGAGAUAUGUUUUCUGACACACAGACACACACAAGUACACAAGACACCUGCACCUGUGUUGUUGGCCACUGUGAUGUGUCCGCCAUGCACUGACCUGAGGGCGUGUCGUCUGCGGGAAUGACGUGGUACUCGAAAUCGCUAGGGAACCGGGGCGGCAGAUUCACACAGCAGCAAACUGCACCCAGGCAAUGAACAAGCAGCAUCGUCAUAGUCAGUCACACUGGCCCGUCCGGGUGGCCUCCUAACUUGACUCACUGUGUGUGAUGCCCUGAGUGCGAAGCUGGUAGCGGUCGUUGGCAGGGUGAAACGAACCCUGCAAAGAGAUGGGCGGGCGAGCCUUGCAGAUGAUGCUACCUUCUGUUCGUUCUCAUACGACCUUCCUUACCAGCCACAGACCCGGAACAACCUGCUGCAUCUGUGCAGCCAAACCACACACACACACGCACAGGCACACACACAGACGGAGGGAGAGUGAGCGCCCUCGAUGUGUGUGGUCCGUGUUGGGUGAUGCUGGUACGCGAUUGAAGUCAGCGCGUCCCUCCUGGACAAUCUUCAUCUCCUCCUGGAACCUGUGUAUGAGUCCCUUGCCCUGCAGGUCCAGCAGCACCUUGUCGCGCAGGGAGCUCUUGUGCGCCUCCCACGCGUCGGCGUCGCUGUGCUUGGACACGUUCGUCACCGCCAUGCGGUACUCAUCCAACACACUACACCCACACACAAAGCACACACCUUUCUCGCCACGCCAUCGAUGCCAUUGUUCCAGCCAUUGUCUGCUUGCCUCUUGAUGUGGCUGGGGCAGCCUCCAGAGUGGGAAUACGUCAGCAGGGCUGCACACAGAACAGAGAACACACCGCAGAGGUGCCGAUGGAUCUGCGGACUUGGUGAGGUCACGGCUCACCUGCGAAGUAGAAUGCCACCUCAUCUCUGUCGAUGAGCGGCUCCCGCGUAGGGAACAGCAU